AUGUUCCAAGACCUCGACAUAUCUGACUUCGGGCUCAACAACGCUGCCGAGAUCUCGGCGUUGUUCCAGUUUGAAUCGCUGCCGGAGCCCGACUUCGACAGCCGGUCGGGUGAUAGCAAUCAUCUUUGGGAUAGCGAUGGGUUCAUGAAGGAAGUUGACAUCGGCGAAAGGGGCUUGCCUGAUCCGGUCGUCUUCAACUCGACCGGCGAUUCAAACGACGAGGUAGAGCGCGUACACCAAACAGACCCCGCGCCCUCGCCGUCCAUUGGUGCUGAGUCACUCUCCACACCUUCGUUGACUAUGACGAGCCCAUCGUCGGAAUCAUCAGCAUCGCCCGUGUCCACUCCUCCGCUGCUGUACUUUCCACAGCCCCCAUCGCCUUUACCUUCGCCUCCUUCGCCUACUCAACCACCACCUCCGGUGUCCAGACGGUCUGCAUCUCGGGACGCACCGGCGGCGCGCAAGGUAGUACCGCUUCCGAGACAGAGCCGGAGUGCUGCCCGCAAGCAGCCUCAACGACAGGAAGGAGCUAUCGUGGGAGCUCGGACAGGCGGGGACCAGGCUCCUGCAAUUUCGUCGCAGCCUCAGCCUGAGGCAUCGUCAUCUCGGGUGACGCUGGACAACCACGCAGAGACAGUAACCAGCUUCCCUGGUACCACUACCACUCGUCCGAGCAUUCAUCCUCAUUCCCUGCCGCCCGUCUCUGCGCAUAAGUCGCAUACGACGACCUACUACACAGGAACACAGGCACUCGCGGCGCCGAUGAGGCCCGCAUUCGAGAUACCCGUGAGGGAAGACCAGAUCGAGACCCGGCAAGGGUACAGAGCAUUCAGCAUUGCGGCUUCUGCGUCCAGUGCGAGAUCGGAGGAUGGAGGAGCUCCCGGUACCACGACACCAUCUGCACCUAUCUUGGACGGAACCUUCGUCCAUACGUUCGUGCAAUCCACGCCCCCUCAGCCACACAUACAAUCAUACACCAGCUCGGCUUGGGAGUCCUACGUGCCUGCCGAUUCACUCGAUGUCUCCGCGUCAACGCCCGGACAGAAGCGGAGACGAGGAUCUGGGGCCGAUGAAGACGGCGACACGCGCCCCCGACCGGCACCUCACCAACCACAGGCCAAGGCACGACCUGUGCUCCAACUCAUGUUGAAUCCGCCACCACCACCGCCUCCGCCUCCGUCCGUCGAUAAUACUUGUGGAUGGAAGAUUCGGAAAGGGGAGAAGUGCGGGAGGGAAGGCACCGCGUUGGAGAUUUGGUCGCACAUCCGUGCCGACCACUACGCGGUGGACCCCGCGAAGGCGGAGCCGGCGCCGGUCGUCGGAAAGUGUGACUGGAACGAGUGCGGCUUCGAGGGUACGCAACAGGACCGAUUCAAGCAUUGGAAGGUCAAACACAGGCCACAGCUGGCGAAAGAAGCCAGUACGACCGUCUCGACCCCCCUCGUACGAUGCCAACUCUGCCCGCAGGGCGCGGCUUUCGACUCUAGGGCGUCGCUGCUGUUCGCGAACCUCGAUAGGCAUGUCCAGGCGAUGCACUGGCGCUUCCACGGCGACAAAUUUAUGUGGUGCGACAUGUGCGGCAAAUACAUACGGUCAGAUCGAUGCGCACGGGGCCGCAACCAUUUCCGGGAGUGUCUCGACGACUUCAUGGAGAAACGUCCCGAGCAUUUUGGUGAUAGGCUUUCCCCGCUGUGGAUGCGCUUUCAUGUUACGGUCUCCGUGUUCUCGACAAGUACUGUAGUAUUACCGACUACAGAUCUUCAUAUCGUUGUGGUGAACAUGUACCCAGAUGACCCCAUCUUAGUGUGA